UCCCUUUCUCUCUCUAGCGUGAUUUCAGCCAUGGACGAGAAGAUGAUGAUGAAGAAGAAGCUCUCUUUAGUCCCUUGUUUAGAUAUGGAGCUCCGUUCUUCUUUCUGUGCACGACCUUGAAAGUAUUGUUGGUGCGGUUUUGAGCUCUCGAUCAACCAUGGCGGUUGCGUUUGAGGGCUUCUCGAUCCGAGAGUACACAGCCAAGAUGAGAAGCGUCGACGUGGCGAAAUGCUGGCCGUUCCCUGAGGAGUUGAUGAAGAUCAGGAGAGAGGAAGAUGGAGAAGAAGAAGCUGUGGAGGAGGAGAAGACGGUGCUUCCGCCGAUGAGCGUUGUCAAGUUCAAGUGGUGGUCCCACGAGCUCGGCCGUCUGCGGAGCCAGUCGGGCGAGAAAUCGGCUGUGGCCGACGAGAAAUCGGCGGCGGCGGCUGCGGCGGAGCUGGUUUGUCCGGUUUGCCAAGUUUUCGCGGCGGCGACGGUCAACGCCGUGAACGCGCACAUCGACGAAUGCCUCGUCGCCGAUCGGGCGGCGAAGGCGGACCGUCGGAUCAUCAGGAAUAGUUGUAAUGUUAGUAAUCAUAGUAAUAAUAAGGCCUCGAAGGCGAAAUCGAAGCCACGGAAGAAGAGAUCGAUCAUGGAGAUCUUCGCCGUCGCUCCACAGAUUGACGCAAUUGAGAAUGCGAGUGAAGCUAGUGAGAAAGAAGAAGAUAUUGAGGAUGAAGAAGCUGAUGAAAACGAAAACGCACUUGUUGACGACUUCAAGGUGCUGAUGAGCGUGAGUAGUAGAAGUUCUGGUCCCACAAUCAAGAAGAGCAAGAACGUUAUGAAGGCUAAGAAGAGGAAGAAGGAGAAGAAGAGGGUGAUGGUGGAAGAAAAUAAUAGCCUGGGAGUUUCAUACAAGAUUAGGGAAAGUAAUAAAAAGCUGAAGAAGAAGAAGAAGAUGUUGAACAAAAAGAAGAGUGUUGAUGGGUCUAUUGCAACCAAGCGGAAUGCUCAGAACUUGAAGCUGCAAAAUCACGUGAAUAUCGCAAAAAAACUGAAGAAGAGAUUUGCAAUUGAUAUUCUGAGCUCUGAUUCUGUCCGUGGAAAGAAAACAACUACAAAAUGCUUAUCCACACAAGAAAAGCAAAACGUUGAUGAACCACUCAAAUUGAUUGCAAGGAACCAAGAACCAAUCUUUCCUAUUCGCAGCAUUCUGAAGAAUCAUACUAGCAAUGAUCAGAAAUCUACAAUUCGCAAUAUGCAACGCGAUAGUGAGGCCAAUCCUUGCAGUCUUCAACUAUCAGAAUGGCAUGUCAGGUUUUCGGGGAAGGAUGACAUAUUUGGACCAAUGAAGAAAGAUUUUUAUUCCUCUGAGCAGAAUGUUGGCAAUUUACUUUCAGACAGACUUGCUGCUUCACCAGAAAAGUUUCAGUCAGCUGACAAUAGAAUGGUAGCUAUGGAGGUAACAAGGAGUGAAGAUGAUACUUCGGUGGGUAUAGAUUAUCGAACUGAGGCUCAUACUAUUAUUGCAAGGGAACAGUCAGCUGAUAUUCCUCAUGUAGAGAUACCAAGCUCUCCAAGGUUACCCAUAAAUAUUCAAGAAAAAACGGAGCUUUUGCGGGAGAAAAGUACUCUACCCCAAGAAAGGCAAUUUUAUGAAAAUAAUUUGCGCAGGUUUGAUCAAGGCUACGCAAGUCCAGCUCGGAGACCUCCAUUUACUUGCUUAUCUACCCUCUUUCCGCCAUUUGGGGGAUCCAGUGGAAAUACCCAAAUAGGUGGUAGUGCUUCUAGUACUUUCAAUUCCACUGGAAAGUUGAUCAAUCAUGUUCAAGAUCCUAUCCACAGAGUUGCCGACAUUACUCCAAGGGAAAACAUAAGUCCAUAUUCACAACCGUUAUCUUGUUUUACUGCAAAUGAAACUGCAAGCAAUAGGCUUCAAUUCCAGUCACAACCUUCCGAGGAAUUAGUCAAUGCUCAUACCUUGUGCUGCCGACCAUUUUGUCAUCUGCCUCCAAUGGACUUGAUUGGUGGGUUAUGUUCUUUUCCAGAGUGGAAGCAAAAGGAAGUGGUGUUGAGAGAAAGUUGCAUGGAUGAGGAUUUUUUUGGUUUGCCUCUCAACUCACAAGGCGAGCUGAUCCAGUCAAGUUCGAGAAGUAAACUUUUGUUUGAUGAGCCGAGGGAGUCAAAUAUAACUGCGCAUUCAAGUAGCAUUUUUCCUGCACGUAAUCUUGUCUGGCCAAGAAGUACUGGAGACUACUUGAGUGUGGGUAAGAAGAAUUUUGAAGAGAGAGAAUUUCUAAAUGAUCGAGGGAAUCAAUUCCUUGCACAGAAUUAUGUCAAGGAGAACCCCAGCUUACAAGUACCAGCUAGGUUUGGUGUUACCUAUUGGGAAAGUACUGGCAGGGAAGAUGUUCACCAUCUAGAUUUUGAAAGGAGAAGUAACCACUCUUUUUUUACUCUUUCCGACCUCUUGAUGCGGGUCUUAAUCUGA